AUGAACGGAUUCACGAAAAAGCAGCCUUCACGCAGGCGUAGGAACUGGGCGUGCGUCCUCCUGCUUGCGCUGAUCAUGGCUAUAGGUGCAUUUACGCUGGUAAUGGAGAUGACUUCACUUAUUGGACCUCCGGGGGCAAUCGGGUUGACGUGGCGCAAUCGGUUUACCAAAUGGCUUUCAGCUGAAGAAGCAGUCUCGAAUGAAGACUUACUACACCAUAGCUUGCUGUUUGAAGUCUGCGUAGAAGACACGAAUGCAUCGAUACCGUGGCAAUUUGGCUCGCCUGGAAACCAACUUGUUGGUGGAACCGCUAAUAAUUCUCACGUAUUGAUGCACAAAAGUGACAAGGACCUGCUGCAGAAACUUCGUCAAUGUCCAGACAUUGAUGUCUUUUUACCACAUGGCACGCGUAGCUAUGGAUACUGCGAAGAUGCUGUGGCGUAUGUAAAGUAUUUGGAGUCUCGGUUACUUCCUGAAUGGGUGCUGGAGAUAAAGGUACUCGACCCUGAUCUCGGACGCGAAGUAGAUUAUUUUGACCUUUGCCCUAAGACGCCCAUGCUAUUCCUUGACCACCACUGGGGUGGAUUGACCGAGUCACCUCGUUGGCCACAAGACAAACCAGUCUACAUGAUGCCGAAUAUUGAAAAAAUGGAGAUUACGCCAAUGCAUUUCUUACGAGUGGAUGCGGUCUUGUGCAAGUCUCACGAAUGCUACGAGCGAGUGACAAAAUGGUUUGAGCAAUACGGAAAUCGGCGUGACGCAAAAGUGUUUUAUACAAAACACACGUCCUCAAGUCCAGAGUUGUUUGUUCGUAAACGCUUGGGUGAAUACGCAGUCGCCCUGAAGGAUUUUUCAAACGUGAGAUUCGUUCAUACGGCUGGAAGUAGUCACUCGAAAGGCACAAGAGAGGUGGUGGAAUGCUGGUUGUCCAAUCCAAAAUUGCCUCCGCUGGACGCGUACAUCGAUCGUGAACCAUUCAACCGUUUGUUUUCAGCCUCGACCAGACUGAAGAUUGCCCGCAGUCUGAGCCCCGUUAACAUCCAUCUGGGCAUGCUGAAGCCUUUAAAUUACAGCAAGGUCGUUGCUGAGGCUUCGUUUGUCGUAAGCCCAAGCUACAGUGAAGGCUACGGUCACAUUAUCAAUCAGGCGCGUGCUACAGGAGCUGUCAUUGUUACGACCGACUUGCCACCGAUGAAUGAGUUGAUCACUGCAAAGGAGACGGGUAUGCUGAUUUCGGUACAACGUAGAAAUCAUCCGAUGGUGAUGCUAGGUGGUAAGUACAGAGGACGUUACGGAUUAAAGGACUGCGAUGGCCUUGUUGCUUCAUUUGAGAGCUCGGAAGUUUGCAAAGUGAUAAAACAAGUGCUUCAGCUCACCACGCCUACAGAACGUGCUGAAAUGGGCUUCAACGCCCGUUGGCAGUACCAUGCAGAUACCAAGUACUUUGCCAAGGCCAUGCAGCAACUACGAGAUUACGCCAGAAAGAUAAAGCUGUAA